AUGUUAUCACCACCAUUACAAACAUCUUCAUCGACAAUGAUUGAUGAUCGAUUUUUACGUACUUAUUUACGUCAAAAUCCAACAUGGAAUUUAGAUGAAAGUGGACAUAUGGAUCAUUAUAAUUUAUCAUCAAGUACACAUGGAGAUAAAUUUCUUAAUAGUAGUGUACAUUUUCCAAAUGAAAUGAGAUCGGCUAAUCUUAAUCAAAUGGUAUCGAGUAUUGUUGAUGAAAAUAGUGAAUAUCAACAACAACAUGGAAUGACACCUACAUUUGUUCAACAACAAACAGUAUGGAUGAAUGGUGGACAAUCAGAUCAACAUAUGCAUUAUAUACAACAAAUGAGAAAUAUUCCAUCACGACAAAUGAAAAUGAAUUCAUCAUCAUUGUCUGAAAGUGGUUAUCCACGUAAUAUUCCAGAUAUAUAUUCAAGUCAAUAUAAACCUCCAAAAGAUAUUCAAGUUCUGAUUCGUAAAGGUGACCAUAAUGGUUUGAAUUCUCUUGUAAAAAGUGUUACAUUACAACAAUUUCGUCAGAUGAUUGGUUUACAACGUAGUACAGGUUUAACAGCAUUACAUGAUCGAAAGAAUCGUAAUAAUAAUAAUCUCAAUCAGCAAUCAUUAUCAUCAUCAAGUUCAUCAUCAUCAUUACCUACAUCAAAUAUUCGUUUAAUCAAUGCAUUUAAACAACAAGAAAAUAAAAAAUUAAAUCAACAAUGGUCACAAGAUACACAACAAAUGUAUCCUCGACAACAUUCAUCUCAUGAUACAAUGUCUAUGAAUGAUAUGAGCUUAACAACAUGUCAAGAGAUGAGCUAUUUUCGAUCUAACAGACGAACUGGUGUGGCAAAUACAUUACAUAUUGCGAUUGAAAAAUGUUAUGAACAACUUAAUUAUAUACGAGAUAGUUAUGCAGAAACUGAAUCCAAAAUUGGUAUUGAAGUUUUACAUAAAUCUUCAUCAUCAUCAUCAAUAAUUGAUAUGAAAAAUACAAAUUUUCUAAAUCUUUCAAAUAAUCCAUCGCGUGUUGAUCGUUUAAUAGCUGAAUAUCAUUAUGAAUAUAAUCGAAUUAUUCGUUUACAUGAACGAAUUACAGAAAAUUUAAAUAUACCAGAUAUUGAAGCAACAGGACAAACACUUGAUGAAUGGCUUAAUGCUAUUAAUACAGUUCAAGAUCGACGUCGACAAGAAAUUGAUAAUGCAACUGAAAAAUGUCGUACGGGUGAACCUCGUUUACCUGAUGAGAAUGAUGUGUUACAAUUAGCUGAAUCAUUACGUAUUUUACGUAUAACAACACGAAAAAUUCGAACUGUACUUUGGUAUUGGUUAUAUUGGUCAACAAAUUCUACGAACAAUAAAAUUCCAUUUGUUGCUCGUCAUCAAGAUGAAUUCAAUCAAUGUUAUGAAAAAAAUGAUAAUGUAUUUUGUUCAACAAUAAAUAAUGAUUUAUUCGAUAUACCUGAAUCUGAUGAACAAGAAAUGAUUUUAUUUAAGAAAAAAUCCAUUUUAUCAAGUGAAAAUAACAAAGAAAAUGAAUGCAAUGAAUAA